CAAACACACACACACGCACCAAACUCGCACCCCGAUGGCGAGCCGUGGCACCUUUCCACGCCCACGUGGACACCGUCAUGCGCGUCUUUUCGCAGUGCUUGGGUUGUUGAGCCUGGGGACUGCGUGGAGCUUCGCCAGCUUCGCCCGAGCAAGCUCUGUUGGAGCCAGGGCCACCGAAGGAACCACCUCGUCGAGCACGACCACCCUGAAGGACGACUUGCUGAAGCGUUGUGAGGACUUCAAGCAGAAGCAGACUGAGAUGUGGGACCUCAUGGAUGAUGAAGCGGAGACGGAGAAAGUGAAGAAGUCCAAAAAAAAGGACAAGGCUUCGCUCCUGGAAGCGGAGAGCUUCGCUGCGCAGCGGGUGCAGCUGAGUGAUGAGCUGCAGGAGCUUCGGGCGAAGUGCGUGGAGGUCAUUGAAGAGUUGGCAGAGAAGAACCCCACGGCGCAGCCCACCAUUGGUUGGAGGCGGGCGUUCCAGAUGGCUAAGCCCGGGUUUGUGUCAGAUGCGGUUCUUUUGGGUCAGGGUCUUGGGAGAGGGAUAGGGGUUGCGGACCAGGUGGCAGGUUGAAAGCCAGUCAGAUUUAUCGGGAUGAUUGCUAAUACACCUGAGAAGAUAGACUUACUGUAAGUGGUGGUAGCUACCACCAGGGAACAGCCAUGAUUGGUUUCGACCGAAUCCAGUUGCAACUGGGUUUCUGGUGUUUCAAGAGCAACAGGGGUUAUGCUGGAGAGCCGCCCAAGAACAGCCCGUUGAAUGGAACUUGGGAGCUGCUCUUCACAGAUGCAGCGGAUGCCACCUUCAAAAAAGGCAAGCGGGGCUCGGCCAAGACCUUUCAGGAAAUCGAUGCGGAGCUUGGAUGGUUUAUCAAUUGCGUGGACUUCUCGAACGAAAAGAGCAAACUUCGAGGCUUCAGGGUGUUUGUGGAGGGCAAGGCCUUGAGCGACGAUGAGAUUGAGCUGAUAUUCCGCAAGGUGCGGCUCCUGCGGCGUUCACGCUUUUUGCCCGAGAUCACCAUUCCCCUGCCUGGCCCGGGCCUUUUGCGGGCCAUCGGACGGCUGUUCGCCCGCUCCAAGGGAGGCAAGGUGAAUGAAAGCAAUCGGGGUGCUGGGUUCAAGUUGCUUUAUGUGGACGAUGACCUCCGGAUGCACAAGACCUUUGACGGCCUUUACUUCGUACAGCGACGCCUGCAUUGAGCAGUUCUGAUCGCCAUGGGGUGGUCAAACAUGUCAAAACUGCUUAUAUAUACCUAUGGGGCCAC